AUGACCCCACCUUCAACCUCUUCCCCUCCAAAACCUCGCCAGAAACUCGCAAGACGAGCAUGCGACUCAUGCAAGGUUCGCAAAAUUCGUUGUUCAGAGACGCCCCCCUGUACAGCAUGCGAGGCGUCGGGGAUAGAGUGCACCUUUAAGCGUGAGCAAGGGACUAGAGGACCGAGGGGACUGCGUCCCAGGACCUUGGACAAGAUUGAGCGGAGACGCCAAGCAGAGGCUUCGAAAAGCAAUACUUCCAGUCCAGACCAGGAUCAAGCUGCUGCUAAGAAGUCCCCGUCCCCUGUUGAUGAGGUAGCGUGUUUGUUGGAGAUUCUAGAGGUCUACUCCGAGAGACUGUACCCCAUCUGGCCCAUCGUCGACGCAACUGAUCUGCGAAACAAGAUCGAGCUGAAUCCUACAGAGGGAGGUGCAGCUAGAUACCUUGCUAAUGCUGUAGCCCUGGCUGCUAUUGCUCAGCUCAAGCUGGACACUGCGUGGCAACCCAGAGUGAAGGACGCGGAAACGAGACUAAGCGAGACACUGGGUCUUUUGGAUGCCUUGCGCAUUUCCUUCUUUCUACAUAUUUACCAUGAAAAUGCCUCCCCUGGGGGAACCAAGUCUCUUGUUUAUUUGCGUGAAGCAAUCACGCAAGCGCAGAUCUUGAGGCUUGAUCGCGAAUCUACGUAUGCUUCCUUGUCUGAAGCCGAUCAACAUGUUUCGCGACGGAUUCUAUGGCUACUGUUUGUCACAGAAAGGGGCGUUGCUCUUCUUCACAAGCUUCCCCCAGUUCUGAAGCCAAACAUUCUAUUCCCCUGGUUCGGAGGAGCCAACGACCGCGCAGAGGUCCUCCCAGCUUUUCUCAAGCUGGUGCAUCUCUUCUGGGUUUUCGAUCAAAGCGGUAUCUUUGAACUUCUUCACAACUUUGACUCAGACUCAGAUCUUCCCAAUAUGGUCUCUGUUGCACAGAACUGCCUCGAGUUACUACAGCAGAAGCUUCUUGACUCGGCUGACAAUGACGAUUGGGGUCCGAUCAAUGAAGUUCAGCGCGCGGAUAUGUUUGUUACGAGACAGUGGAUGCGCGCUGUACUUUGGCGAGCGGCACUUCGGUUUGGGAUUGUUACUCCCAGUAUGAAUCCUGUGGAUAUUGCGAAGGACUUUUUGAGUCUUGUUUCUGAACUUCCGAAGACUGCGCUUGAGUCUCAUGGACCGACGCUGGAAUUCAAGACGUUUGAGAUUGCUACAGCCGUGAUUGACGCAAUGGCAAGCGACGAUUCCAUAACAGAUGACCGCUCUGGUCCAGUUCUACACCAACUACGAGACAUACUAUCCUCCUGUCGAGGAGGUAAUCGGACACUCUUGUCGCUUCUCACGAUGCGAAUGGACGCCAUCUUCAACGCAGGCCGUUUACUUGAGGGAUCAGAGGGUGAUGCAGUUGCCUUUGAGACAAACCCGCAAACUUCGUUUCAAGGUACAGCUGAGAUCUUGACUGCGCAGCAAAACCUUACGAUGCCAACCUACCAGUUCAUGGAGGAUCAGGCCUCUCAAAUUUGUUGGGCGCCGUUGGACCUCGGCUACCUCGUUCGGUCUCCGUCGCCGCUUACUCGCAUGUUGCUGGAGUCUAUGCCCCGCGAUGUUGAUGGGGAGCAAGACCCGCGAGCGGUGCGACAAAUCAUCGAGACAUCUACCUAG